CACCGACCUCCCAAGGGUGCACCUCUCCAGCUUCUGUCGCACUUCCGAAACCUUCUGUGCUCUCUUUCCCUGGUCCCGACCCCCCACCUCAUGCCCCCUGGUCUGGACAGCAUCUCCCCCUCGCCGCCCUCCGCCCACGCACCGCCUGACUCCGAGGGGUGCGAGCGCAUUGGGCUGCGCCCGCGUGGGGGCGCCGCGCCAGCCUCGCGUAGCUGUUCUGACGCUGCCGUCGCCGCCGCCCUCCGCAGCCCAGCCGGCACCCGCACCAGCUCUGCAGUGCACUCGUCGUCUCUCGGGCCGGUCCCACCAAGAGCCAGACUGUCGUGACGGGGCCAGCCUCGAACGUUAGGCGCGAGGGUCAUGAGCCAGAGCGCCCUGGGGCGCCGCGCCGAGACCCAGCGGAGAUAGCGGUCCUCGCUGCCUUGACGCGCGCCCGCCGCGUCCCCAGACCCUUCUGUCCUUUUCUCCCGCCCCGCCGCCGCCAUGGCCACCCUCCUCCGCAGCAAGCUGACCAAUGUGGCCACCUCCGUGUCCAACAAGUCCCAGGCCAAGGUGAGCGGCAUGUUUGCCAGGAUGGGGUUUCAGGCGGCCACCGAUGAGGAAGCGGUGGGCUUCGCGCACUGCGACGAUCUCGACUUUGAGCAUCGCCAGGGCCUGCAGAUGGACAUCCUGAAAUCGGAAGGCGAGCCCUGCGGAGACGAGGGCGCAGAAGCUCCCGUCGAGGGAGACAUUCAUUAUCAGCGCGGCGGCGCUCCUCUGCCACCCUCGGGCUCCAAGGACCAGGCCGUGGGAGCUGGUGGCGAGUUCGGGGGUCACGACAAACCCAAGAUCACGGCGUGGGAAGCGGGCUGGAACGUGACAAAUGCCAUUCAGGGCAUGUUCGUGCUGGGCCUACCCUACGCCAUCCUCCACGGCGGCUACCUGGGGUUGUUCCUCAUCAUCUUCGCCGCAGUGGUGUGCUGCUACACCGGCAAGAUCCUCAUCGCGUGCCUGUACGAGGAGAACGAAGACGGGGAGGUGGUGCGCGUGCGGGACUCGUAUGUGGCCAUAGCUAACGCGUGCUGCGCUCCUCGAUUCCCCACGCUGGGCGGCCGCGUGGUCAAUGUGGCGCAGAUCAUCGAGCUGGUGAUGACGUGUAUCUUGUACGUCGUGGUGAGCGGCAACCUCAUGUACAACAGUUUCCCGGGGCUGCCUGUGUCGCAGAAGUCCUGGUCUAUCAUAGCCACGGCGGUGCUGCUGCCCUGCGCCUUCCUGAAAAAUCUCAAGGCCGUGUCCAAGUUCAGUCUGCUGUGCACGCUGGCCCACUUCGUCAUCAACAUCCUGGUUAUCGCUUACUGUCUCUCUCGCGCGCGUGACUGGGCCUGGGAGAAGGUGAAGUUCUACAUCGACGUCAAGAAGUUUCCUAUCUCCAUUGGCAUCAUCGUGUUCAGCUACACGUCGCAGAUCUUCCUGCCCUCUCUCGAAGGCAACAUGCAGCAGCCCAGCGAAUUCCACUGCAUGAUGAACUGGACACACAUCGCCGCCUGCGUGCUCAAGGGUCUCUUCGCGCUCGUCGCCUACCUCACCUGGGCCGACGAAACCAAGGAAGUCAUCACGGAUAACCUGCCCGGCUCCAUCCGCGCCGUGGUCAACCUCUUCCUGGUGGCCAAGGCGCUGCUGUCCUAUCCAUUGCCCUUCUUCGCGGCCGUCGAAGUGCUGGAGAAGUCUCUCUUCCAGGAAGGCAGUCGCGCCUUCUUCCCCGCCUGCUAUGGAGGCGACGGUCGCCUUAAGUCCUGGGGGCUGACGCUGCGCUGCGCGCUGGUGGUCUUCACACUGCUCAUGGCCAUCUACGUGCCACACUUCGCGCUGCUCAUGGGCCUCACGGGCAGCCUCACAGGCGCCGGCCUCUGCUUCCUGCUGCCCAGCCUCUUCCACUUGCGCCUUCUCUGGCGCAAGCUGCUGUGGCACCAGGUCUUCUUCGAUGUGGCCAUCUUCGUCAUCGGCGGCAUCUGCAGCGUGUCCGGCUUCGUGCAUUCACUCGAGGGUCUCAUCGAGGCCUACCGAACCAACGCAGAGGACUAGGGGGUGGGGACCCUGCCCCCAGCUCCCUCCCCGCCCACCCCAACUCCCCGUCAUCCCCGCCCCCACCCCCACUCCCAGCCCCCUGCGUCGUUGCGCUAGGGAGGCCGAGCUUUAAACACCUCCGGUUCCUAGUUGCUGAUUAUUCGGGGACCGGGUGGGGGAGGGAGGGGAUAGACAUCCAAGGUCCACUGCGUCUGCGUUUCUGUCGUCCUUUCUAUUCCACAUCGCCCUGAUUGGGGGGAGGGAGAGGAGCGUAAUUAGUGAAGGGUAUUUUCUGUCCUUCCUGGAACACCCCACCACCACCACCAAAUUUUGGCUCCAGUCAACGACGGGGGUGGGAAGGGAGGGAAAGUUCGCAGGCUUGGAAACUUGACCUUGAGGGUGGGGUGGGGCCAUUUCACAGCCAUUCAGUGCUUGGAAUCUACAGCGUCCAGCCAUUUCCAGCAAGAGCGCUCCCCAUGCCCUGGACAUUUCAACCUUGCGGCCUGAAAGGUUAACCGGGAAAUUCAUUUCGGGCGGGCGACUUCACUCUGGAGAAGCCGCGGCAGGGGCCCCGUUUGCCUGCCGGUUUUCAGGAACCCAAACUCAUCUUGUGCAAUGUAUCCGGUCGUGGAACUGUAUACUGUGCGUGUGGUGUGCUCGUGGUGAAUAAGAUGAAAUGUAUAUCAGAAAAAAAAUCUAUCUCUAAUUUAGAGUGCGGUGCAUAAUAAUUAUAUCCGCAAAUAAAGAAGAAACAAAGGCG